AUGUCAAAACCAGUCCUCGUCGUCAUUGGUACCGGCUGGGGUGGAUUCACCCUCACUCAAAAAGUCGACCUAGCGAAAUACGAUAUCAAGGUCAUUUCGCCAAUUCGAACAAUCCAGUACACUCCCUUGCUGGCCAGCGCGGCAUGCGGGCUAUUCAACUUCCGUCUCGCGGAAGAGCCGGUCAGGCGGAAGCACAGGACGGAAAUGGAGUACUACAAGGCUUUGGCGGAAGACAUCGACUUUGAAAAGCGGAUAGUCCGAUGCAAGACUGAUGCACCCACCGCAGGCGAAGCCCCGACUACCUUUGAAGUGAGGUACGACAAGAUUUGCAUAGCGCCUGGAUGCGGUACUCAGGACUUCGGCACACCGGGCGCGAAAGAGCACGCUCUUUUUCUGAAGACAACCAAUGAUGCCCGCUUGAUCCAGCAGCGCAUUCUCCAAAUGCUCGAUAAGGCGUCUCUUCCAACGACAAGCGAACAAGAUCAGCUAGACUAUCUCAACAUUCGAAUUGUCGGCGGCGGAGCUAUCGGUAUUGAGGCUGCCGCUGAGCUAUGGGACCUCUGGUUCGAAGAUAUGCGUUUUCUGUUUCCUCACCUCGAUGGUAAGGUGACCAUCACCAUUCACGACGUCGCGCCCAAGAUUUUGUCCACUUUUGACGCAAACUUGAGCGAAUACGCUACGAGUUCGUUGCAAGGGAAGCAUGUCAAGAUCAAGACCGGGUCACACAUUCAGAGUGUUGAAGCCGAUGCGAUCUUCACGAAGGAGGACGGGCGUUUGCCGUACGGACUGCUGAUUUGGGCUACGGGCAAUAAGGCAAGCACCUUGGUUGAGAAGCUGCCUGUCAAAAAGCCAGAGAGCGGUCUGCCUCGCAUCUUGACUGACAAGUAUCUUCGCGUCUUACAUCCAGAUGGAAGUCCAAUGAGCGAUGUUUACGCGCUCGGCGACGCCGCUGAUAUCGAGGGCGAGUCGUUACCCACUCUGGCUGAGGUAGCUUUGCAAAAAGGCGAGUAUCUCACGACCAUUCUCAACUCGAAUGCCGAUCCUGUUCCUUUCAACUACAAGCAGAGAGCACUCUUGGCCUACCUAGGCCGCCACGACGGUAUCAUUGGUGGUAAGCAGGAGUGGACGGGGAUGAGCGCGUGGUUGGCUUGGCGUUCUGGAAGCCUAGGCUGGACGAGGAGCUGGAGGAGGAAGAUCAUGAUCUCAAUAAGCUGGUUGUUCAUCUGGCUAGCGGGCAGAGAUAUUGCAAGACCUUAA